UCAAUUUAUUUCCGGAAUGCGGAAAACAAGAGUCGUCUGGUAGAAUUUAAGGCCCGUUCACACGAUCCAAUUUUGUCGGAUAACACAUAUAAAGUGAGCCACACAUAUAAAUUGACAAUCGGAUCCGUCAAUCUAAAAAAUCGGAUGGAAAUAGGACUUCCUCAAUUUUCAUCAGACAAGAUCAGAAGAAGCCGACUAGCCAAAUUAAAUAGAUUUGAGAAAAAAGGAUAAAUAUACAUCAAAAAAUACGAUAAAUAUACAUCGAUGAAUGUCCUGGAUAACACAAAUGGCCGUUCACACAACUAUAAAUAUCUAAACCAUGAAAACGAAUAUAUAUAUCAACUAAAUUUUCUGACCGUCUGAACAAGCAACCAAAAGUCGGAACCGAAACAAUCGGUCCGACAAAUCGGAUCUUGUAAACGGGCCUUUACUGUAUUUACAUGCCUCGUGGUAGAAUUUACGCUCGGUAAUUUGCCAACAAAUUUACCAUCUUUAGAAAAUGGUUCGUGUUGUUUUAUGAAUUAUGAGCUAAAAUAUACAAUUGAUUGGAUUGGGAUAAGCAUUCAGUGAUUGUCAACGCAUUUAAACGAGGAGUUCAUUAAAUUCGUUGGCAUGAAGCUUUAUUUCACCUACUUAAAGCCAUGGAUAUUUUUUCUUGCUGCCUUCCGCUUUUUCAUGGAAGGCUCAGAAGAAUCCUUCAUUGCACCGUCAGCUUGGUUUUACAUUAAAUCCUUGGGAGAGGACAAGGUAUUUCUCGGUAUUGUCCUAUCUGCAUUUCCAGUUGCUGCUGUUAUCUCGCUUCCGAUCCUUGGGAAAAUCGCAGACAAAUACGGAAACCAUCGAACGAUUAUCAUCGCAUGUUUUGCUCUCAAGGUCGCAUCAAAUGUUUUGUACGCUGUUCCCAUUUCAGUCUAUUGCCCUUUGUUCGGUCGAUUAUUUAGCGGGAUCGCUGAAGGAUCUGCAGGAGUAUUAAAUGGAAAGGUGGUUGAAUAUACAAGCGAACUAUACAGAGCUAAGGUAUUCUUAAUCCUCGAUGGGCUAUAUACUGUCGGCUCGUUGUUUGCACCAGCGGUUAGUGCGUUUUUAAACUUUAAUGCCAAUGUUUUAGGCUGGAAAAUUAAUGCUGGAAAUGCACCUGGUAUUGCAAAUGCUUUUCUUUUUUCCAUUUUCCUGUUUGCUUCUCUAUGUCUGCCGCUAGAGUUUGGCACACAAAAAGUACUUAACUAUGAAGCAGAUCAAGGCGAAUGGGAGCUGACAAAAAUUAGUAAGAAAAAUUUUGGCUCUCUGUCUACUGUGUUAAUGCUCUACUAUCUCGUGUUUUCUGCCGUAUUCUACUCUGUAACGGUUACAUUUUUCGUUCCACUGCUCGCGCAAGAAAAUUUUCACUUAAGAAUGAUACAUCUACAGAUGCUUUUUCUUGUCAGUGCCAUUUUUUGGAUCGUCCUGAUACUAUCGUGUUAUAUUGCUUCAAAAUACUUUGAUGCAAGAUUUCUUAUGGCUUUCUCUGUACUUACUCAACUCGCUCCUAUGUGUUUGCUUGCUUUCAUCGGUUUUCACUGGGACUCUGGAAUGAACACAUCAGGCGGUUACAUUCUUAUUCCUUACAUUUGCUUAGGUGCGCCAUACUUCGCUUUUGCUCUUGGAAGCACUCUCUUAUCUAAGAUAACAAACCCAAAAGAAACCUCAUUUUACCAAGGCUUGUUGUUUUCGGCCAGUCAUUUUGGAUUCGUGGCAGGUCGUAUCACUGCCCCAUUUAUGUUUCACAAAAACCUUAUUCUAUUAUAUUGUGGGCUAUUGUUUCUAACGUGGAUAGCUGGAGCGAUUUGGUUUGCGUUUGAAUAUAAAAAUUUACGCUCGAAAACUGUGAUGGGAAAGUCGAUGAGAAGAUAUAUUGGUUGAAGUCAGAGGCCCUGAUUAUAUGGAGGCGAUCUGGCCCGGAUAUCAAGCUAGCCCGAUGAUUUCAAGGGAUUGAAAGGAGCCAAAACUUCAAGGUUUAAAAUUACAACUGUUUGCGAAUCAUUACACGUCACUCCGGUUGUAAUUCUCAAAUUAUGGCUAAUUGGUAGUUUUAAUUUUAAAUGUUUUGAGAAGUUAUUAAAUCAG